AUGCCUUUGAAUUUUUUUACUUGGUCCAAAGCCACGCUUUUGCUAGGUCUUUUAGUAACGAUAGGUUCUGCCCUACUGACGGCGGAUGACUAUUACGUAUCUCCCGAGUUGAUUCCUGGAUUUUUACCGGACAGUGAUUGGCAAGAUUCCGAUAUGUAUGCUGGUCAUAUACCUCUUAGCAACAAUGAGGAUGAGAUCAAUUACUUUUUUUGGAAGUUUGUUGACGGUCGCAGAGAUAAACCACUAAUGAUAUGGCUUAACGGUGGACCGGGUUGUUCAUCAAUGGAUGGCGCAUUGGCAGAAAAUGGCCCUAUUAGAAUAGAUGACGAUGGCAAAGCCUUUAUCAACGAAGGUUCAUGGCACAAAAGGGUCGAUAUCGUGUAUCUGGAUCAGCCUGUCAACACAGGGUUUUCAUUUGCAAAUAAAACAGGUCCGCUGAUCUACGAUGAUGAUUUAGAUGUUGUCACGGAGCACUUUAUGCAAUUUUUGGACUCCUAUUUUCAGAUAUUUCCUGAAGAUAUUUAUAAAGACUUGAUGCUAGCAGGGGAGAGCUUUGCCGGCCAGUAUAUUCCAUUCUUCGCCGAUGCCAUCAGAAGACGUAAUGACAACCUGGAGGCUGACCAAAAUAGAUAUAAUUUGAAUUCUGUGUUCAUUGGUAACGGUUGGUUGGAUCCAAACAAUCAAGCAUUAUCGUAUCUACCAUUUGCAAAGGAGAAAAAUUUAAUCGAUGAGACAAAUCCAAACUUUUCAUCGCUACUAAAAGCUCAUGAAAAUUGUCAGAAUGCUAUCAACAAUCAUAAUUUUAUUAAUGAACAAGAAUUUUCCUAUGAAGAAUGUGAGUCUAUUUUAACCUUACUGUUAUCCUCCACUAGGAAUGCUUCCCCAGAUAUUCCAUCAAAUGAGGUUUGUUUAAACGUUUAUGAUUACACACUACGUGACAAUUAUCCAGCCUGCGGUAUGAACUGGCCAGCUGCCGUCCAGAACAUUCCUACUUUUUUUGGAACAGAAGGUGUUUUAGAGGGUUUAAAUGUUAGACCUGAAGACGUCCCGAGAUGGAGGGAAUGCGAUAAUGGCGUAACACGCGCUCUAACAAAUCCAAGGUCUAUCCCUUCAAUAAAUUUAUUUCCGGAUAUCAUGAACGCAGGAAUAAAUAUUAUCCUUUUCAAUGGUGAUCACGACCUUAUUUGCAAUACCCAAAGUGUCACGAAUGUUAUAGAUAAUUUGAAUUGGGGUGGCCAAAAAGGUUUCAGUGAACAUGCUGAGUAUUACGAUUGGAUUUUCAAUGAUGCUGCGAUGGAUACGUUCGAGCCAGCGGGGUAUGUCAAGUACGAUAGAAACUUGACCUUUAUAAAUGUUUAUAACGCCUCACACAUGGUAUCAACUGAUAAGAGCAUGGUGAGCAGGGGAAUUUUGGAUAUUUACCUUGACGAUGUAUCAUUUGACAUGGUUGAUGGGAGGUUUGUUUUGACUAGCACAAGUAAAAUGGAGCCAUGGAGCGAGGAUGAAGAUGAAGAUAAAGAUGAGGAUGACGAUGAUAGUGGAGAUUUUGAAGGGGAUGAGUCUGAGUCUGAGGAAGAAGAUGAAGAUAUGGAUGACGAUGACGAUGGAGAAGAGGCUGAAGAUAAGGAUGAAGAUGACGAAGAGGGUGAAGAUACGGAUGAAGAUGAAGAUAAGGAGGACAAAGAAGACACCGUGUAUUCCUCCCACGAUAAAUUUCGGAUAGUUUUGGUGACCUUCAUGUCCAUAGCGUUGGCAAUUGCGAUCAUAUUAUAUAUAUAUAGCAAAAAGUUCAAGCCGGGAAUGCGUGCUAUCCUCAUGAGAUCUAAUCGAAAGCAUGAUCAAAAUAAAACGGUCUCUUGGGCAGAUGAUUUAGAAGACGGUAUCGAUUUUGAUGUAGACGAAGAGCUGAGCAGAUCAGAAACUGCAAGCAGUCGGUCCAAAAGUAAAGGUUCAUACACAAGCGUCCCUACUACUGAAGAAUCUUUCGAAUUAGAAGACAUGUAG